CUAGACAAAGUUAUUACAACAGUUAGUAAAUUCUUAAAAGAACACAACAGUAAUAAUAAAGAAAAAAAAGAUACUUAUCAUAUAUUAAAUGCCCUUUCUAAAAAAUUAGCCGCAGUAAAAUCCUCUGAU